AGUUUGAAAAUCCCCAAGGGAAAAAAUUUCAAAAUUAAGUAGACAAAGAAGAGAGAGAGACUUGAAUGAUAUUGUAAAACACUCAAGCUGUCUGAUUGAUUCCUAGAGAGAGAUGUGUGGCCAUCGUUAUCUAAUAACUCCUACUUACUAACUAUUUUACAGUUUCAUAAAAUCCGUAAUAAUUACUAUCUUCUUCUUUGAAUCACAUUUUCUGUCACAUUAAAUAUUCUUCACCAUCCUCAUGUUCGAUUCCCAAUGUAAGAGAGAGAGAGAGAGAGAGAGAGAGAGAGAGAGAAUUGCAGAGAAGAUAGCUGCUUCCAACAUCUCUUGUCUGGUAAUUUAAAACUCAAGAACCAAAAACAGAAACUAAAAGCAACUCAAGAUUAGAUUAAACUUAGCCACCUUUUGCUUGGGUUUUUGUUCCAUCCACCAUUCUUCUUAAAACUUUUUCUUGUCAGUCCAUAUUCACUGCGUUACAAAAGUUUAAGAUUCAAAAAAAAGUUGUAAGACUUUUUCUUACUCAAAAUGGGAAGAGACUGCCGCAUAUUCGAUGACGGUCACGGUGGUGGCCGCGGUGGAGCCUUCUCUUCCUCAAGGUCAAAGAAAACAGCAAAUGGAUGCAUGGCUGCUUUUUUCCACUUAUUUGAUUUUCAACAUUUUUACUUUCACUCUCAUCAUCACCUCACCAUUGAUUCUCCUUCAAGUUCUAAAGGCUUGAAGUUGAUAGAAGAGACUCUGCCAUCAACAACUUACAAAGACAAACAAAGUUUGAACAUUCCAGUAAGCAUGAGAGUGAGAACAGAGACAGGGACAAAGAGUUCAAGACUCAGAGCUCUAGCGACUGAUACUUCAACUUCUUCAUCUGAAAUCUGUAACUCACCAGGAAGCAAAACACCAAACUUGGUGGCUAGACUAAUGGGUCUUGAUCUUCUUCCUGACAAAACUGACCUAAACCAUUCACUGUCAGAUCUUCAUACAAUGUCAAGUCAUCAUAUCACAAGCCAUAGACUUUCCAAGAAAGGCACACGAUCUUUACCGGUGAGCCCUAGAAUCUCCUCUGCUCGGAAAUCGGAUUUCGACAUUCAUCGCCUCUCUCUUCAGCUAAACAAAGAGAAAGAGUUUGGAUGUUCAAAGCUGAAACAAGAUCAAGAGGAGAGUCAAGAGGAGAUUCAUAGUCCGAGAGAUUACGCGAGGCAGAUAGUUAAACAAAUCAAAGAGAGAGUCGUCACAAGAAGAGUCGUCGGUAUGGAUAUAACAAACUCGGUGAAGAACAGAGAAGCAAGACCAUCACAUGAGCUUAGAAGAGACACAACAGUUUCUUGUUCACCAAGAACUAGGUUUUCAGAUAAAGAGAACAAACAAAGCACCAGUCACAAACCUAAUUCCUCAUCUUCUUCCAGACCAGAACCGAUCGUUCAGAAGCCAAAGCCAACAACAGCAAUUCUUGAUUCAGUGUCAAAAGCCUCUGGAGAGAAACAGAGCAAGGACAGAGUAAAACAAAGGCAACUAAAACCAAUCAACCUAUGCAAGAAGGCAGAGAGUGAAACAAAACGUCCCAUAAACCCUUCUCCUACAUCAGAUAUUCGAAACAGGAAGCGAGAGGCUUUCUUGUCUGAAUCGAGAGACGUGAAAGCCAAGCCUUUACACAAGAAGAAGUUCAAGAAAAUACCAAAGUCAAAUGAUCUUGAAAACAUCUCUGCCACAAGACCUCCUCAUAAACAGAUUAACGAAAGAGAUCGACUAAUAUCGAAUGAAGUAGCAUCGAUUCGCUCUAGUUUGAUGCACAAAAUCGAGAAGACUAGUCCACAAGUAGCGAGGAAUCAAAAAUUAGACGAUGCUGCCACUGGAAUCGAUUCUGAACAAGACUACAUCACAAGAAUAUUGAAUCUUGUGGGAAUCAAGAAUGACACAUCAACAACAAUGCUAGAUCCUUCGAUUUUCCACAAACUGGAGCAGUUUGGAGAUUAUCCAUCAGGAAGAUUGGUUUUGCGAUGCAAUCGGAGGCUACUGUUUGAUCUAGUGAACGAGGUUCUGAUUGAAAACGUGGCGAAAAAACGCGAAAACUAUCCGGGACCGGAGCUAAUCAGCGAGCUUUGUUCCGCUGUUCCGAGAUAUAGUAGUAAGUGUUGUCCCCUUCCUGAAGAGACUGCUUUAAUGGACGUGAAACAUCUUGUAGAGAAGAAGAAGCUUGAAGAGGAAGGAGAAGAGAUCAUUGCAGAGAUUGAGCGGGAGAUCAUAGACAAGCUCGUGCGAGAAACUUGGUCUGAAUUGAGUCUUAACCAGAGACUAAGCAAAACGACGUCGGUAGUGAUAUAAUUUGUGGGCCUAUAAGAAUUAGAAAUUUCUUAUAGUUGGGCUUACGCUUUGCGAGUAAUAAGUAUUAGGAUAGUUUCUUUAUUGGGCCGCUUGUAUUAAUUCUGUAAUUCCCACAGGCCAUAGGUGUUUGUAUAAAAAAAAUAUGAAUGAAUCAUUAUAUUUUCUUAAACCAAAAAA